GCCCAGCUCCCGGCGCGCGUCUGAGCCUCCCACCCCGCGGCCCCGAGCGCACGAUGCGCGGACCCGGGCGCCCGCUCCUCCUGGGGCUGCUGCUGGUCCUGGGGGCGGCGGGGCGCGGCCGGGGGGGCGCGGAGCCCCGGGAGCCGGCGGACGGGCGCGCGCUGCUGCGGCUGGUGGCGGAGAUCGUCCAGGAGCUGCGGAGGCACCACGCGGCGGAGCUCAAGGGCCUGCAGCUCCUCGGGCGGGACUGCGCCCUGGGCCGCGCGGAGGCGGCGGGGCUGGGGCCUGCGCCCGAGCAGCGAGUGGAAAUUGUUCCUCGAGAUCUGAGGAUGAAAGACAAGUUUCUAAAACACCUUACAGGUCCUCUUUAUUUUAGUCCAAAGUGCAGCAAACACUUCCAUAGACUUUAUCACAACACCAGAGACUGCACCAUUCCUGCAUACUAUAAAAGAUGUGCCAGGCUUCUUACCCGGCUGGCUGUCAGUCCAGUGUGCAUGGAGGAUAAGAUUGAUUUCUUCAAAUUCCAAAAGGUUUAAACGGCAAAGAAAUUGUUACGUUGCUGGUCACUGCAGUGUAGAUACAGUGCAGAGUUUUGCUGAGCUUGGCAGGCCUCGGUGAGACAGCAGAGGGCAGGGCAGGCGUCCCAGGGUGCCCACGCUCCUGCAACGAGGUGGCAUGGGGAGGGCCCUGCGGACCCCAGUUCUGGUUCCACUGGUUGACAACCAGCCACAUGCGCUUCUGUCCUGACACAUGAGGAUGGCAGGGCAAGACUGCAAGCCGUGACCUUGUCUCCUAAAGAAAGGCCCACAGCCUGAGAAAAGCAGGUCUUCGGCAGGAAAGGCUUUGCCCUCCUCAUCUCAGAGCAAAUCCAUUUGCCAGUUUCUGAAGCUCAUUAAUAGACCCCUUCAGGCCAAAGAGAACAGUGUCCCGGCUGCCCUCCCUAAGUCACAGACACACUUUAUUGUCCAGACUUACAGGUCAGUUAAUCAGAAGCCUGAGCUCUGGAAUACUGUCAGAGAAUUGGAGUUUUGAGUAGUGAGUACAGAGUAUACGCUCCCAAAUGCAGCCUAAUCUUAGUGACCCUGAAGUUUACCAUUCUUUUAAAAAUAAAUACCAAUGGUUUAGACAUUUGAGCAUAGAAUGCUAGAAACAAAUGUCUAAUCUUGAUUAUUAGCUUUAUAAUCCUGUGAACACUGAGGUUGCAGAACUGCCAGAUAAAUCUCUGUGGCCUGGACUACUGAGGAUUCUGAUAACACAAGACUAAGCACUCUUCUUCAAGCUUUAAGCAUUCACGUGGCUCUGUGUUGACUUUCAUUGCUUUAACAUCGCCGCCAUGUAGUUAACUGCAAAAAUAAGUUAUUUUUCAAAAUACAAUAGACUGCGCUUUUUGGAACAUAGAGAAACACAGAUGCACUCUUAGACUGCCUGUGUUUAUAAACACGUUGUGUCCCCUAACUGAAGUGCCAGGUCUUCUGGAAUUCAUGGUAAGAGGUGUGGAUAGUCAUAUCAAACGGAAUGUACUUGUUUUCAGCAGUGAGCACAGCUGUACAGGAGCAGCACACCAGGAGCCAUGAGAAGUGCCUUGGAAACCAACAGGGAAACAGAACUGU